GACUCCACCGACUCAGAGAGGAUGAGGAGGUUCAGCUCCACUAAACUAAUGCAGUCUGGGAGAAGAAACAUCUGCUGAUAUUUUAAGAGCUUGACAGAUCUGAAGUAAGGACUACAAGAUGAAGCCAUUACACAUGAUGCUUCAUUAGGAGGAACAUUAGAAGGAACCAGUUUGGCACCAUGAUGACAUCCCAACAUUACAGCAGCAAUGCCAGCACAGCAGAGUUCAACCAGUCGACUGGCAUCUGCUUCUCCAUCAACAGACCUCCGUUCAAGUUCAACCACACCAUCGCCUCGGCGUACUUCUCAGCCGUGUUCAGCGUGCUGGGUCUGAGCUCCAACCUGUUCGCCCUGGUGGUGCUGGUGAAGUCGUUCCAGCGGACGCACAGCCGCUCGCGCUCCUCCUUCCUGCUCUUCCUGUGCGGCCUGGUGGUGACCGACUUCAUGGGUCUGCUGGUCACCGGCUCCAUCGUGGUCUCCUCCCGCAUCACCGGCUUCGACUGGAUGCGCCUGGACCCGCACUGCCACUUUUGCAACUUCAUGGGCAUGUCCAUGGUCUUCUAUGGGUUAUGCCCGCUGCUCCUGGGUGCAUCCAUGGCUGUCGAGCGCUUCGUGGGCAUCAACCACCCGUUCGCCCGGUCCACGAGCAUGUCCAGCGGCAGGGCGUGCGGCAUGGUCGUGGGCGUGUGGGUGACCGCCGGCUGUAUCAGCCUGCUUCCUCUGCUUGGCCUGGGUAGCUACCAUAUUCAGGUGCCCGGCUCCUGGUGCUUCCUGAACAUCAGCUCGGUGCCCCUGGAUAUGGCGUUUUGCCUGGUGUUCUCUUUGGUCGGGCUGCUGUCUCUGGCUGUGUCGUUCAUUCUGAAUACGAUCAGCGUGGUCACCCUGUUUAAGGUCUGCUGUGGUCAGGAUGCCAACCAGAGGAGGAGGGACUACGAGGUGGAGAUGAUGGUGCAGCUCAUCCUCAUCAUGGUCAUCGCAUCUAUCUGCUGGUGCCCGCUGUUGGUGUUUAUUGUACAGACGGUGCUGUCGGCGUCGAAGCUCCACGCCUCCUCCCUGCUGCUCUGCAUCCGCUUCGCCACCUGGAACCAGAUCCUGGAUCCGUGGGCCUACAUCCUGUUCCGCCGUGCCGUACUGAAGAGGGUCUACCCCCGCAUGGACUGGUCCCGCGGCUCCAUCAUCAGCCUCUAUCCUUCCCUCUCCACCUCUCUGCGCAGACUCACUCGCUCCUCUCUGGGGGGCGCCGCCAGGCUCAACGGGCAAAUAGCCGGAGAGCUAAAGCAGGAAGGUUCUCCACUGCCAGUGCGGAUCGUCUCGCAGAAUUCCUAACUUCAGGAAUAAUAUACACGAUAUGACCGUGAGUUUGAUGGACAAGCCAUUUCAAAAACGAGCUGUAUUAAAACAGAGCGACCUGUAUGUGAUCUUUUCAGCUAGAACAACACCAAGACUGUGUGGAAUAUGUGAGAUUCUGUAGGAAUUUGUGCCCAUUUAGUCAAAAUAGUGUCAGUGCAUGUAUGGCUGGGCGCUGAUGUUGAUUGAUGUUGGUAAAGAAAGCCUUAACUGAUGUUCCAGUUCAUUCCAGAGCUGUUUACUGAGGUGAGGCCAGACCAAUGGACUUUCUUUAUUGCGCUUGCUUUGUUCAUCAUGGCACAGUAAUACUGAGACAGAAAGUUUAAAGUGUGUAAUUUCCUAUAUAUAACUGAUUUAUUACAUCUUAGCCUGUCAACUGUUGUGGAUGAAACAUAUGAAUUAAAAAAUAAGAAGGGUGUCUCAAUA